CCGGCGCCCGGGGCGACCGUGUCGCCCAGGGGGGGGGCACUCCCCGCCGGCCGAGUGCCUGGCCCGGGGCCGGGGGCGGCCUUUUUCAGGGCUCAGCCCGACCCCCGGGGCACGGCCCCCAAGUCCCUCCCCUCGUCUCUCCUCUCGCCUCCUUUCGUUCGGUCCCCCCGCCCGAUCGCAUCGACUUGUCGGAUAGUCGCAGCGCCGCCAUGGGUCUCUUCUCCGCCCUCGCCUUCGUCACCUUCUUCUCGGGCUUCAUGCUCACCUCUCUCUCGCUGGUGGUCUAUAUCGUUCGCCAGAACUUCAUCGCCCUCCAUGUGAUCCCCUGCCUCCUGUCUACCUUCCACAUCAAGGAGGAGACCAUCCCCAUUCUGGUCCUCGGCCUUGCCUGGGGCCUGACUCUGGCCACCUUCCUUUCUUGCAAGAUUUUCACCUUCCUCUGCAACCAGCCCAUCAGCAGCAGCGCCCCCCGCGCCAUCAAGCUCAAGCAUAACACCGUGGCCUUCCGCCUGCAGUCCGCCCACGAGAACGCCCUCGAGGCUCUCCCCGCUCUGACUGCUGCCAUUGUCGCCAGCGGCCUCGCCGGUGUUGAUGCCCACGUCCGCAACACCCUCCUGGUUCUGUUCAUCCUCCUCCGCGUCUCCCACUGGAUCAGCUACGGCAUGAACAUCUUCGCCAUCCGCGGCUUCUCCUACAUGAUGGGCAACGCUUGCCUCUUCCUGCUGUUCGCCAUGUCCAUCUCCCCGAGCUGCACUCAGAACCUCAUCGCCACCCUCAACUCGACUGUCGUCACCUACGUCGAUGUUGCGGCCACCGCCAUCGCCACCCACUCCCGCCCUCUGGCUUCCAAGGUCAUCACCGCGGCCAAGCCCGUCGUCGACCAGGCCGUCGCCUACGUCCGCCCCUUCGUCGACCAGGCCGCCGAGGCCCUGUCCGGCAAGGCCUAAAUGCGCGUUUCCAUGACGCCCCCCCCCAUCUGCCGCGGGUGUGCGCGAACGCGCGCUUGAGAGUGAUCCCGGCGGGAUACGGGCCGGGGACCGGGGCCGAGGCCUUGUAGAGCGCACGGCACGCCGCCGCUCUUUCCCCCUCUCUCGCUCUCCUUGCUCUCCUCGCGGCCCCUCCCCCUCCUGUCAUUGCACCGAGGGCUGGAGCUUCAGAAGCAGGGGGCCAGCAGCGAGGAGGGGGCGGCGGUGUCCUUCCCCUUCUUCGCGCCUCUCCCCUCAACAAAAGGGUGGUCGCUCCGCGAGCGAGCAUGUGCCACCUUUGUCCCCCCUCCCCCAUGCGUGUGUUGCUUGCCGCGCCUCUCCACCCCCUCCACCAACCGUCAGCGGGGGGGAGGCCGGCGCUCACACGCGGCGCCUCGCACCUCCGAUGUACGCGUGUAGUCUGCUCGCGUGCGCGGUGCGGCCCCCCCCCCCCCCUCCCCAUCAUCCCGACGCAAGUAUUUGCGUCCGUCUGUCUACACAUGCCGUUCCCCCGGGGAAAAAUACACACCUCUCUCUCUC